AUGUCUAUCGGGUUGCGACUCAAAGGCAGAAUGCGGGAUUUCUGCGGCACCACAGAGGAAUUUUGCGGUAAAGGAUGCACUAGCGGGUGCGGUACCGUCAAGAGGCCAUCAUGCUCUGGCGGUACUUCUGCCACCAAACGCUAUGUGGGAUACUUUGAGGGCUGGAACUACGAACAUCCAUGCGACACCAUCCACCCUUCAAAAAUUAACUACAAGCCCUGGACGCAUCUUAAUUAUGCAUUCGCUACCAUCAACCCGGACCACACCCUUGGUACAAUGGGCUAUUAUGACGAGGAAUUUUACCGUGCCUUUACCAAUUUGAAAACUAAAAAACCAUCCUUGAAGUGUUUCCUCUCUGUUGGGGGAUGGGAUGCAGGUGGCAGAGUAUUUUCUGUAAUGGCAAACUCCGCCGAUUCCAGAAAAGUCUUUAUUGAAUCUGUCGUUAAGACUUUAGAGGAGUUUGGGUUCGAUGGCCUAGAUGUCGAUUGGGAGUAUCCUGUUGCAGAGGAUCGCGGGUAUCUUAGGGGAUUUGACCUCAAAAAUAUGGCCAAGUACGUCGACUGGUUCAACGUAAUGAGCUACGAUAUCCAUGGGACCUGGGAUGGUCAUAGUGCAUGGACGAAAGAAGUUAUUAAUCCGCAUACGAACUUAACUGAAAUAUCCUACGGCCUGGAUCUGUUGUGGCGCAACUCAGUUCCAUCUGAGAAAGUUUUACUUGGUCUUGGCUUCUACGGGCGGUCCUUUACUCUAGGUGAUCCAAGAUGCAAUAUUCCAGGCUGCUCAUUUAAGAGGACUGGUAAUGAAAAUUCAGGCGGAGCUCGCCCGGGCCGCUGUACCUUAAACAGCGGGACGCUAUCCAAUUACGAGAUUAAUAGAAUUCUGAAAUCAAAGUCACCAGAACUGGUUUACAAUGACGAGGCUGGGGUCAAUUGGAUUACCUGGGAGAAUGAUCAAUGGGUUUCAUUUGAUGACUCGAGAACAUUAAAACAAAAAGCAUCCUUUGCAAAUAACCUAUGCCUAGGGGGCACAUUUGCUUGGGCUUUAGAUCUUGGAGGUCCUGGCACCAUGGGUCGGCCCGAUGAACUUAACGGCAACACCCUUAGCCUUGAUGGUGCGGACCUAGAAGGUGGAGAUAGUGGAUCCGGGGAUGUUUAUAUCUCCCCUGAGAUAUAUACGGUCCAGAACCCUGGAAUCGCGUGUAUACCUCCCUGUACCUUCAUCAUGCCUCGGUUAACACUCGAUAAAGUCACUACAAUCACAUUCCCCCUUUACACAACUUCUUUGGAGGUGUUGUGGUGGACAGCACAGGCCAUCACUCUUCCUGGUGGUGCAAUUUCAAGCUCCAUAGGGUCGAUGAGGACUAUUCAAACUACAACAAUUACUAUCCCACCACUUAUAACAUCUGUCCUUGACAUGUGGCAUUGGCCAGUUACAGAAACAGACCUCUCCUCAACAACAUAUGUGGUAGUGAGCAGUAUUUUACCACCGCCAUUUAUGAUCACUAAUAGCCUGCCUUCAGAUGCCGUUGCCCCACCACGAAAUACAGGGGCAGGUGGCAGUCAACCUAUGAAUGGAGGUCAACCUACACAGGGUGGUGGCCAGCCUACACAAGGUGGUGGCCAGCCUACAAAUGGUGGUGGCCAGCCUACACAAGGUGGUGGCCAGCCUACAAAUGGCGGUGGUCAACCUACACAGGGCGGUGGCCAGCCUACAAAUGGUGGUGGUCAACCCACAAAUGACGGUGGUCAGCCUACACAAGGUGGUGGCCAGCCUACAAAUGGCGGUGGUCAACCUACACAGGGCGGUGGCCAACCUACAAAUGGUGAUAGCCUGCCUUCACCGGGCCUUGCACCUGCUAUUUCAAACACUAGAGCUCUCUCUUCCCCAGAAUCUAGUGUGGUUGGCGGCUACACCUCCGAUAGACAGGCUACUCAACCAUAUACAUCCGAUAGAUCAACAUCUGGGGCAUUACCUCCUCCAACACAAAGCAAGACCACUGCCUCUCCUGGUGAUAGGCAGAAUGCCCCAUCAAAAACUGGUCGUACCUCCGAUGAGCCAACCACUAGAGAUUUUCCAUCUCAGACCUCUAACAAGGAUAUUGAUAACCACAACACUCAGCCAACAUCUAACCGGCAAUCAGAUUCAAGCAGCAUGGGCGGUAUCAUUCUUCCACCGGGUAGCAAAGGCCCCCACGAAAGCGGGCUCAUUUCCAGCCCUCUUCCCGGAUCUCGGAUGUUCACGCCAAAACCGCAUCCACUUAGCGGAGAAACCGACAAUGGCAAACUGCCUACUGUCUCGUUUACCAGUGGCCCCCCUAACCCUACUUGCACAAAGGACUGUGGGAAGAAGUGUCAAGGGGCCUUUUGUGAUUGCAAAGGCGAUGGCUGUAAUAACCAUGGGAAAGACUUCAUCGACCCAAAUGACCCAAACCCUCCUAAGGACCGGGACCGCCGGACAUGCUUCGGCCCGGAAUGCAAAGAUGGGAAAUGCGAGCUCGGGCUCCUUUGCAGCAAUUUUGAUUGUGUUGGUCCGGAUUGCCAUGAUGGUAUCUGUGUCGGCAUUAAUUGUGCCAGGAUUCCAUGUGGGAAAAGCUGUAAAAACGGGUUUUGUGAAGGGCCAGACUGUACACAAGACACCGAUGAGUGCGAAAAGCCCGAAGCUGCACCCAGAUGCACAGAAUCCGUUACCAAAUACAAACGGAGCGAUUCGGUAUACUCUAGCACUACCACAACCGAGUGUUCAACGGUGACAGCCUGUUCAGUGGAAGAAACGACAUUCACAACAACUACCACUAUUGAUAAUGGAGAAAUAAUCACCGUUACAGAGCAUUACCCAAUACAACCACUACUAUCCGAUGAUGAAUACAAAUCUAUUGCAUCGAAACUUCAUCGGUUACGAACCAGCCGGGACAAAUCUCGCUUUGGGGCUACUUUCACCACCGAAGAUCUACCGACUCACACAGUGACAAUGACCAUCCCAACAUACACUUAUGCUCACGAGCAAGACAAGGGCAAGCUCAGUUGCAAGCAUACGGUCGGUGUUGCCAACCGCAAAGAACUGAUUCGAGGAAUCAGUUUCUUUUGUCAGAAGUUUGACAGGCAAACUUUCAACGGAGACCAAGAGGGUUUCACGUACUUGAAUUCUUAUUCUCCGGUGGCAGUUAUCCGUGGAGACUGCGGUAGUGGGAAAUGCAAGUCAUACGUGAGGUUUGGAGUGAAGGUAAAACGAAAUAACAAGUGCCAGGAAGAUUUUGUUUUCAACGGGCGUGGUAAUGGUGAUGAUCAGUGUGGCCAGAAUUUCCGACAGAUAGUCGACAGGUGUAAUACACGAGGAGAAAACGGUAAGCGUAGCGGUUCAUUCGCUGUUGGAUGCCUUGAGUGGUAUAUUGACGUUAUCGCGAACGGUUCCUGGGAAGCCGACCUGGAGCUACGGAGCAAAGAGCUGAGUGCACUGCAUACGACCCUACAAACCGACUCGGCUUAUCUGGUCUACACUGGGGUGGCGGGAGAGCCGACAGGAACAGUGCCGUGA